GGAAAAUUGCCCUGACCAGCUCCACAAUGGGAAUCACCAAAGAGGACGUGAUCAGAGCUCUGGGCACCGCCACACGAGACAGCGAAGAAUCGGCGCUGUCGUCGCCUGCCGCCAAACCUGGUGGUACUUCAUCGGCUGGGACGAAGGCCACACGCUUUGCGUCUAAGACGGCCGCUUCCACACCCGCCACUGCCGUUGACGCCGCCACUGCCAUGCCCACUACUGUGCCCGCCGCUGCAGUACCCGCUAUAUCUGCUGCUGCCAUGCCCGCUGCUUCCAUGGCUGCCUCUGCAGUACCCGACUGCCGCUACCUAGCCUACCGCUGCCCUGCCCGCUGUACAGUCGGCCGCGAUUCGCGCCACUGGUACCUCCGGUAUUACUCCUGCUCUUCAACUGACGAUGACGCCUGCUGCCCUGCUGGAUGCCAUGCAUGCCGCCGUACAUACUGCUGCCUCGCUUGCCGCACCCGUCACUGACUCUGACGUUCCCUUGGCCGCUGACCAAUGGGAAGACAUGCCUGCCGUAGUGCCCUCCGUGCCGUCUUCCGCUACUGUCGUCACGCCUGCUGCUUCCGUCUUCCAGCCUGGACUAGUAACUGAUAACGCUACGAAAACAGCAUGAGUUGCUAUAAUUGCAGCAGCAGAUCCUCAAGCUGCAACAGAGUGUGGACAAACAUCUAGCACCGAGACAGCAGGUCAGUGACCUGAGCCUUAUCGAGAGCAUUGUUUCUCGACUCUCUGCCGAUACUCUAUACGAUGUUAAAAAAUGGCUGAACGAUUUGGAGGAUGCGUUCGAGAUACUGCAGUUAAACGACCAUCUACGCCUGGUUGCAUGUCGUCACAUGCUGGAGGGUACGGCGGCGGUGUUGCUUCGCACGGUGUCUGUGCACAGCAACGGAGAAUUUAAAACAAUCCUUCUCAGAAAAUUUGGACGCUCACGCAGUAUCGAAGAGGUGUACCACGCUCUGAGUAGCCGGCGCAUUAGAACAGGCGAAGGAUGCUUGAGAUUUGCAAUCGAGAUGCAGCAGAUUGCAAUGAAUGCCCCGAUUCCGGAGAACGAGCUCGUCGACCUGAUCAUCGACGGUCUGCGGGACAACUCUACUAGAGUCAGUAUGUUGUACUGAGUUCGUACGGUGGCUGAGCUGAAGCCCCUCCUGGAACGCUACGAGCGCUCCCGUGUACAGGCUGCGCCGCCAAGCAAAGGGUCAGUGUAAAGGUGCAGCCAACACCAACUGCCUUGUCGUCCGUGAGCAAAUCUUCAGGCCCUGCCACGAGUGAGACCCGAUGUUUCAAAUGCUCGGGAUGGCGGCAUUCUAAACACCAAUGGUCGAAACCGAUCAGACCGCCGAAUUCCUGUUUUAAGUGUGGCAUUGUGGGCCACAUCUAUAAAAGUUGCCCGUCUCGGAUUGGAACUGCCGCCGCCACCACUGCGCCCGCCACCACUGCCGCCGCCGCUGAUGAUGUGGAAGUUAGACUAAACCAUUUACAAUUGAAUUAAAAAGCUUACGCUGACCUAACUUGAGGAUUAGAUGGACUAAAUUUAUUUUAAAG